GCUCACGGACAAGGUAGGGCUGGGCUUGGAUAUUCAGGAGAAGGAAGAGCCUCAGGACUUUGCUGUGACCAUGGUAGAUACCCCAGAAGGUGCCGAUCCUCAGUGCCCGGCGCUAAUUCUUGCCUGAAGCCGCCAGACCUGCCCAGGACGCGCCAGAGCCUCCGGGGAGAGGCACGGAGCUUUGGAUUUCUCCAUGAAAAUACUGCUGGCGCUCAGCUGAAAACGUGUGCUGAUCCUCUCCCUUGAAAGGGGCCGCGCCGUUCCUCCCUGGGUGUCUCCUCCUGCCCCGAGGAUCCGUGGGGGACAGCAGGGCUGGGAGCUCCGGGCUCUGCCCCAUGACCAACACUCAGCUCUGCAGGGAAGCCAUGGACUCCCCCCCGGCCUCCUCCAGCCCUGCUGCAGGGCCUGUCACCUUCUCCCAAGUUUUUGGGCAGCAGUGCCAGCUCAUGGAAGCAGCUGUUGAAUCACUGCAUUCCCUGAAUGACCAGAUCUCCCACUUCAUUGUCAGCAAGUCAAAAACCCUGGAUGAGGAUGAAGAUGCCUUUUUGCCCAGUGAGAAGGAAUCUCUGAAAAGUGCCAUGAGGCUGAUGAGGCACCUCCUGAUGGAUGCACAGGCCAAAAUCCUGCACAUGAUGGACGACAACAAGCAGCUGGCGCUGCGCAUCGACGGGGCGCUGCAGGCGGCGGGCCAGGAGGUGACGGCGCUGCGCGCCGAGCUGGCGGCCACCGGCCGGCGCCUGGCCGAGCUGGGCAGCGACCCGGCCAUGGAGCACGGCCCGCACGGCGCUCAAGCGCUGCUGCGGGAGGAGGUGGCCCAGCUGCAGGAGGAGGUUCACCUGCUCCGGCAAAUGAAGGAAAUGCUGACCAAGGACCUGGAGGAGACCCACGGCAGCAAGUCCCCAGAGGUGCUCUCGGCCACCGAGCUGAAGGUGCAGCUGGCACAGAAGGAGCAGGAGCUGGCACGUGCCAAGGAGGCUCUGCAGGCCAUGAAAGCCGACCGCAAGCGCUUGAAGGGGGAGAAGACAGACCUGGUGAGCCAGAUGCAGCAGCUGUACGCCACGCUGGAGAGCCGAGAGGAGCAGCUCCGCGACUUCAUCCGCAACUACGAGCAGCACAGGAAAGAGAGCGAGGACGCGGUGAAAGCCCUGGCCAAGGAGAAGGAUCUCCUGGAGCGGGAGAAGUGGGAGCUGCGGCGGCAGGCCAAGGAGGCCACGGACCACGCCAGCGCCCUGCGCUCCCAGCUCGACCUGAAGGACAACCGCAUGAAGGAGCUGGAGGCCGAGCUGGCCAUGGCCAAGCAAUCCCUGGCUACGCUGACCAAGGACGUGCCCAAGCGCCAUUCCUUGGCCAUGCCUGGCGAGACGGUGCUGAAUGGCAACCAGGAGUGGGUGAUGCAGGCUGACCUCCCGCUGACCGCCGCCAUCCGGCAGAGCCAGCAGACCCUCUACCACUCACACCCCCAGCACUCAGCGGACCGGCAAGCGGUCAGAGUGAGCCCCUGCCAUUCCCGGCAGCCGUCCAUCAUCUCCGACGCCUCGGCGGCCGAAGGUGACCGGUCGUCCACUCCGAGUGACAUCAACUCACCCCGGCAUCGAACGCACUCGCUCUGCAACGGGGACAGUCCUGGACCGGUACAGAAGAACUUGCACAAUCCAAUCGUACAGUCUCUAGAAGACCUGGAAGACCAAAAACGGAAAAAGAAGAAAGAGAAGAUGGGCUUUGGCUCCAUCUCCAGGGUGUUUGCCCGGGGGAAGCAGCGCAAGUCCCUCGAUCCUGGGCUCUUCGACGGGACGGCCCCCGACUACUACAUUGAGGAGGACGCGGACUGGUGACGGCGCCAGAGCCUCUCCCGGCCCUGCACAUGUACAUAUCCCCUUCCCACAGCCCGUCCCACCUGUGGACCUGUUACCUGUUGUCUUGGGAGCGAUGCAGCUGUGUCGUAACUUCAGUUUUUUCCC